AACUGUUUGUUUAAAUUGACGAUAUCAAUUUGUUUGGUGGUUUAAUAUUUGAAUGUACCAAAUUUUAUUUACACGAAAGCAAACUUUUGUUGGAUUAAAAAUAACGAGAUAUUUGGUAAUGCAGUAUCAUUUGUUUGGAGUUAUAAAUUUCUAAUUUCUUGAAAGCAAGCUAUUAUACUUCAUUUCAACAAAAUAUUUCUUCCAUAAAACCAAAGGUAAUAUAACGUUACCUGAAAACAAGGGUGAUUUGAAAUAAACCCACAUAUUAAAAAAUGAAUCACAUAUUUCUUUAGACCAAACAAAUUAUUUGUAACGUCCUUUUGAGAAAUGCAGCUUGAGCUAAAUAAAUUAAAGUUGAAAUAAAGCAAUAUAUUUCUUUGUCCUACGUAUUAGUUAUUUCAAAUGAAACAAACGAAUAUUUAAUAUAAGCAAAAAUUAAACCUACCAGCUUCAAAAAAUAUGACUUCUACAUUGACAGAGAGCUUCUUUGAUUCAAACAAACGAUGAUUUAGAUUUACCACCUACUUGAUGCUCACUUGUUCUGCAUUUUCGCCAAAUUGCAUUUUACUUAUUGCGCUAUCGUAUUCGUAUGGUGUCUGCCUUACAAUUUACUUUAAUUUGUAAUUGUGUACUGUGAAUACGUGAUUGUAGGUAUACUGUGUUGUUAGCCAAGCAUAAUGGAAGAGUUUUUCAGUAAAAUUGGCCUCUCACACCUAUUACCAGAAUUUACAAAACAAAGUAUAGAUUCGACGGACCUACUUCCUGAUUUAACUGAAGAGCAUAUUGUGCAAUUGAUUCCAAACAUAGGAGAUAGAAUUAAAUUCAACAGGGGUGUCAGAAGCAUCCAAAUUGAGCAGGCUACUAUUGACUUCAUAGGCGAGUGUACUCCACCUCCAUCAAAGAAACCUUAUACGGAGUCAACACCUGUGUCAUUUUUGGUCGAAAAUGCCACAAAUUUGUUAGACACUUACGUAGAUUUGGACGCUGGCCCUUCUACCAAUACUUUACAUGACAUUAAUUCUAUGUCAACUGUAACAAACACCGAUCAAAGUGAUUGUGGAUUGAAUUCUUCCUUUUUAAAUUACUGCUCCAUUGAAACUGCAGUUGAAUUCAAUUUGCAAGAAGUCUUGAACGCAGACGUUUUAGGAAGAGCCAUAUUAAGUAAAUAUAAUUCAAAAUUUACCCUUGAUGGAAAAGAGAGGAACGUUCUCUGCGAGAUUAUUAUAUCUCACUUUUUAAAUAAAUCGUUUAAAUUGAAUAACGAAUCGUUAUCCAUUAUUGCAAAUAAAAUUGUUGCUCUUUUUCCGGCUUGUGAAAAGAGAGCCACUUAUUUUGUCAGCCCUAUUCCUAAAAAAAGAUCUGGUCGCAAUAAACCAGAAGUUGCAAAAGGCAAGCUUGUCGACAAGCAUAGAAAUAAAUUGACAGCACUCAGAAGAGCGCUCCAAUUUGACGUAAGUGUGGGAGAAAACAUUUCCGAUGAAAAUGAAGAACCCAACCAAAAUGCAAGAGACAGUCGACUGUGGUUACUAAACAACAAUGAACCUGUAGAAGAAGUGCUCCAGCAUUGGCGCAAUUCCUAUUCAAUUCGGAAAAUUACAGUAAACAAGAACAAAACAAUUGAACAGUUCUACAAGGAGUGGCCCAUUCUUGAAACUCAAUUGGCGAUUGAACUGGUUACUUAUGACUUCAACAAAUUAUUUGAAAAGGAAGGUGCUACAGAUGAUACUUUCAAUUUCUUUUUCGAGAAGCUACUGGACAUUCGAAGAAAAAAUUUAUCUGCAGCAGACGAAAGCAUUCUUCAAUUAGUGGAAGGAGAUAUAACUACUGAUUCAAAGCGGGCAGUUCAGUUAUAUCUGCUACCAUCGUUAGUUCCACCAAGAGGUCGCAUAAAGGCGAAGGGGAAGCAAUGGAAGCCAUCCAUUACAGAGUGUAGAGAUGGAUUGUUUGUGCAUGUUAAAUUGCCUGGUGAUAUAGACAAGGCAAACGCGAUAAGAUCAUUUCAUAAUUUAUCGACUUUACGAAAACAUUAUGUCUCUGAACACAAAGGGGCCAGCAAAUGUUCAAAACCAAUAUCUACUAGUAAUACAGGGCUAUCACAACAUGAUGAUUAUCAUGAUGACAAUUUCAAUAAUGGCAUCAGUACCAUCAUAGAUGGCGAAGACGAAGUGCAAACACCCAAAAAAUUGAACAUAAAGGAUGAAAUAGUUGCUUUCAUAUCAAAUUUGUAUAGUUUACCGUCUAUACCCAGAAAUCAAGUUCAAUUAAUAAUAAACAGGUUUGAUGAGUUGAUGUCAUCCGUGUGUAAUUACAUUUCAGAUAUUUUACAAAGUUUGAAUUCCGAAUGUGAUAGUAUUAUAAACGUAUUGCACACGCUUUCAGAUGUGCAGACUAUGUUAGCCGAAUUUAAAUCUGAAUAUCGUUGUUUUAAGUAUUUUGAAGAAUGUGACAGCUUCAUAAGGCCAGAAGUGUUUUCUGUUGGAGAACAUCCUGUAUUAAACAACAAAAGUACAACGCAACACCCAGUUCUGGCAUUGAAAAAAAUCGAAAUACAGAAAAUUCCUUUAAGGAGAGUUUUACAAAAAUUUUUGGAAUUACCAAAUGUUUAUAAUAUCCUACAACAAUAUUUACAAGAAGAAGAUUCAAAACCUUCAUCGGUUUUGUCUAAUGUCUUUCAAGGUUCUCUUUGGCAGAGUAUGAAGACGAAAUUUGGCAAUAGAACGGUUUUUCCUCUCUAUAUGUUUUUCGACGACUUUGAAUCAUGCAAUCCUCUUGGAAGUAAAGCUGGUAUACACAAAAUCGGGGCGGUAUACGUUUCGUUGGCUUGUAUACCACCAGAAUAUUCUUCCAUACUUGAAAACGUAUUUCUAUGUUUCGCAUUUAUAAUGUCGUUGUUCUGA